AUGAACUUUGAUGGCUCAACCAAUUGUACUUGUCAAGCGGGGGGUGGAAUCAUCCAGGAUCAUUUAGGGAACACUGUGGUAGCCUAUGCGGGCAACCUAAAGAACAAUACUAUCACUCAAGCUGAAGGAAUGGCCCUCCCAUGGGGUCUGAAGCUGGCCAUCUCCAUAGGAAUUAAAAAGCUAGAAAUUGAAGGUGACUCUCAGAUUAUUGUGGAAUCAGUGAAAGGGAGUUCUACUGCAGUUUGGCAUGUGGAUUCCAUUCUGAGGGAUGUCAUAGGCCUUCUGAUCAACCCGGAUGACUUCAUCAUCUGCCAUAUCUUUAGAGAAGGAAAUGAAGCUGCUGAUUCUAUGACGGUGGUGGGAAGGCUGCAAAAUGGCUUAGGAUGUUGGGGGGACCCCAGUCUGUUGCCAGUCACCACCAUGGCGAUCUUGGAAAAGGAAAAGGCCUAUGCCCAAGAAGGAACCGUUUCAUCCGCCCAAAGAUGA